AUGUCGCUGCUUAACACCUCCAACUCCAGCUCAAACUCCACCCCCUCCUGGAACGCUGACCCUGUGGCCCCCAGCGUGGUCCUGGGACUGUGCUGGCUGGUUGGCGUCCCCAGCAACAUCGCGGUAGUCGUGGUGAUCGCCCGCAACUUCAAGAGGGAGAACUUCACCCUGAAGCUGAUGCUGAACCUGGCGGUCUCUGACCUCUUGUGCCUCAUCACACUCCCAGUGUGGAUCUACUCUCUGCUCUAUGGCUGGAGCUUUGGUCCUGCUGUCUGCAAGUUCGUCUCAUACCUGCUCUACUGCAGCUCAUGCACAAGCCUUCUGACAGUCACCCUAAUGAGUGUGCAGCGCUACCUGACAGUGCUAUACCCCCAGUGCUGGGCCAGACUGCGUGUGACGGGCGAGAGGGUGCUGCUGGUCGCCCUGUGGGGGCUGGCGGGUGUCAUCUCCUGCCCAUCUUUCAUGCUUCGGAACGUGGGGAUUGAGGAAGAUUACAGGAAAGUCGAGUGUAUAAGGAACUACAGGUCAGACAUGCAGGAAGUAGCCAUCUUGCUCCUGGAGACUCUGCUGGGGUUUGUCCUUCCUUUCUCCAUCCUGGUCACCUCUUACUUCUGCCUCCACAAGAAGGUGAACCAAACCGCUUUCUUCAGCAGCCAGAGGAUGACCAAGCUGGUGACCAGCAUCGUGGUCACCUUCUUCAUCUUCUGGUUCCCUCUUCAUGUCAUAAAUAUGGUGGACAUCUCCAUCACCUUGCUGAAAACAUCUCAUCCGGAUACAUAUGAGAGCCUGAAGAGCUUUAGGAGGGCCAGCGGGGACGUCUCACAGGCUUUAGUUUUAAUCAACAGCUGUAUUAACCCCUUCCUGUACGCCUUCGCCUCACGAAGCUUACGCUCCAAUGCACAGCAGACGGAGGAGAAGAAGGCUGCGACUCAGACGAGCAAUGUGUGAAAUUCCUGC